AUGCUUGGAUUUGGCAUCGGAUUUGGAAAUCAGGCAGUUCCUCUUUAUUUGUCUGAAAUGGCACCAACACAUAUACGAGGGGGUGUGAACAUGAUGUUCCAAUUAGCAACCACCCUAGGGAUUUUCACAGCAAACAUGAUCAACUAUGGAACAUCAAAACUCGAACCAUGGGGAUGGAGGCUAUCACUUGGCCUAGCAGCACUUCCAGCAACUUUGAUGACAAUCGGAGGAAUACUUGUCCCUGAGACACCCAGCAGCUUGAUCGAAAGAGGAUUGACUGAGAGAGGGCGCAAGGUUCUAGAAAGGAUCAGAGGGACAGAGAAUGUUUCUGCAGAGUAUCAGGACAUGGUUGAAGCGAGUGAGUUUGCCAAGUCAAUUAAGCACCCUUUCAGAAACAUCUUACAGCGGAGGAACAGGCCACAGCUGAUUAUGGCCAUCUUCAUGCCAACAUUUCAGAUCCUUACAGGAAUAAAUUCUAUUCUGUUUUAUGCUCCUGUGCUAUUUCAGAGUAUGGGAUUUGCUGCAAACGCCUCUCUUUAUUCCUCAGCUCUAACAGGAGCUGUGCUUGCUUCCUCGACAUUGAUUUCCAUUGCAGCUGUUGAUCGACUAGGAAGACGGGCGCUGCUUAUCAGUGGAGGAAUAACGAUGAUCACUUGUCAAGUUAUUGUGGCAAUUAUCUUGGGAAUAAAAUUAGGAACAGCAGGGGAACUAUCAAAGGGCUAUUCCAUUAUAGUGGUGAUUGUGAUAUGCCUCUUUGUGCUGGCCUUUGGGUGGUCAUGGGGACCCCUAGGAUGGACCGUCCCUAGUGAGAUAUUUCCGCUGGAAACCAGAUCAGCAGGGCAGAGUAUAACAGUAGCAGUCAAUCUUCUGUUUACUUUCAUAAUUGCACAGUCUUUCCUAUAUCUGCUAUGCCACCUCAAAUUCGGGAUUUUCUUGUUCUUCGCUGGCUGGGUUACCGUCAUGACCAUAUUUGUACUCUUGUUCUUGCCUGAGACUAAGAAUGUACCGAUUGAAGAGAUGAUCCUUUUAUGGCAAAAGCAUUGGUUUUGGAAGAGGAUAAUGCCCCAGGAGUCUGUAAUUAAUGGUAGCUAAGUUGAAUAGGUGCUGCUAACACAACUGCAUAGCUGUUGUAGAAUGUAUUUAUACUUGCUUUUUUUCUGGCCCUGAUAAUUUUUGUGUGUACUCAUACAAGAGAGGCUUGGAUACAUAUACAUAAUAUGAAAUGAGAGCAUUAGGCCUGAACAUCUUUCCCGCAAUUGCUAUAGCCUAAGUAUCUACAUCUUCAAAAUCACAGUUUAUUCCUUUCCAAUAAAAAAUAAUCAAAUAAAAUUAAAAUUUGUAAUCUUUCACAUCUAUGUGGUAAUGUGGAGUGCAAUUUCAGCACAAAACUUUCAAGAUAAAAUCACUAUUAACCAUUGCUUUCUCAACAUAAGCAUAAAGUUGUAAUGUGACAGUAUGAAAUUAUAACACAUAUUCUUGACCCUAAGAAGGUCUAAAUGCACAAAACUUACAUCCUUCCUAUAGAGACAUUCUCCAUAAA